UUGAACACUCUUUCACUGCCAUUUCUCCCUUAUAUUUUCUUCUUUCUCUCCGCCUGCAGUUGCUGGUUUUUUUUUACGCUUUUACGCCGUUCUUUUUACUCCUUACGCCGUCUAUCUACGGCAGCGGCCACCAUUUCAACCGCCGUUUGUAAGCACAGAUCAAGGACUGUUUUUUUCGAUUCCCUGCAACCCGUGAUUUUUUUAUCGGAUAAUUUUUUUUUCAUAUUUUCGUUUUUAUUUUGAAAUUUUUUCCUACUGGUUUUGUUUUAAAAAUAUAUAUUCCCCAAUUUUUAUGGUCGGCCGGAUGGUUCUUUUGUAAAUCUGUUUAACGUAACGGGUUUUUGGGUCUUUUCACUUGUUUUGGACGUUUACGCUCACUUCUCGAUAAAGAUGAUUAGACGUUUUCACCCAAACGACAAGUAAAAAAAGAUUUUUUAAUUGACGUUUUUGCCCUUUAUUGACUCUCUGCUUACGUGGCAGUACUUAUUAUUAUUUUAUUAUAAAAUGAGUCAUCAACAGCGUAAGAUUUUGACACCUGGAAUCUGUAGAAAGCGUAAAGAACGAGAAGCUUUUUAUUCCUUUAAACCGUCCGUUCCGGUUCAAUCCUCGCUUUAUACAAAUCCAAAAUCCCCGCCCCAACCUAAUUGCUCGAACCGGCUCUUAGCUGGCUACAUGGCGCAUGAGUUCUUGACGAGGGGAACGUUGUUGGGUCAAAAAUUCGAUCCGGAUCGAUCGGAGGCGGUUCCGAUUGUCGGCUCAUUGGCUGAACCUCGAAAGGUCAAGACAGGAACCGAACCGAUGGGUAAGAAAGAGUUCCCGAGCUAUGCUGAGGUGGCAAGCGUUUUGAAGGACGAUGGGGCCCACAUUCCGGGGAUUGUUAAUCCUACCCAGCUGGCCAGGUGGAUACAGAUGUGAACAAAAGGAAUUCCAAAUUUGGCAAAUUACGUGGCGGUAUACGACUGGUGAAAUUUUGACACGCACGUAAUGGAAGUUUGCACUCACUAGCACUUGAUUUUCCUGCUUUCUCUCUUUAUUAUGUAGCUCUUUCCGUGGUGAGUCCCGUCUCAAUUGAAUUUUCGUGUAAACGGGAGAGAUUCGUUUAUCUUAAUAUAAAAUUAAAUUAUUUU